AUGCUUCACCGCGAGUACUUCCCCUUCCUGCCGACCCCGGAGUCGGAGCCACGGGGUCCAGUCGACCAGCCCAUGCUGGGGGCGCCCGCCCCCGAGGGCUGGUGGGACGACAGCUCCCGACUCCUCUUCGGCGCGGCAGAGCACAUCGCCGCCAUUCUACACGAGGCCUCCGAGUGUGGCGUGCAUCUCAUGACGCCCUUUGCCGGGUUCUGCGCAUUCUCAGCCGGCUACCUCAACCUCUACGUGGCGAAAUACCCCCGAAUGAACCUGGGCCGCAGCCCGCGAGCAAGCGACUGUCUCAAAAUGUGUCUCGACUACCUGGAAAAGUUUCGACUUGUCUGGAAAAUCGCCGACGGAUGGGGCGGCACGCGCAAGAUCAAAACGAUACACCAUGCAUCCGUGCUCUACGAGCGAGCAACCGAGGACCGGACACGAUACCAGGGGCGCACACGAGCAGACUUUGAUACUCUACACCAGUCUGUCCACGAGUUCCGUGUCGUGGAUAGAUCCGACGCGCAUACUCGGGAGAUUCGGGGCGCGGAGCGGCCCUCGGCGCAGGCGACUUGGCCGGUUCAAGGGCACGAGCACGAGCACGAGCACGAGCACGAGCUCGACACUAAUACCUUGUUGAACCAGCUUUUCGCGGAAGUCAGCAAUAACCUCGACGAGCAGGGGGCCUGGUCUCAAUGGUCUGAUACAAGCGGCGAAAGCAGCCGGUCUGCGUCUCAAUAUGACAGCACCAGCACCAGCGGACGGGCGGCAAAGCGGGUAAAGCGAGACGAAGUAGGAAAUGCAGACUUUUUGGACUCUGAAGAGUCCGAUCGCGGAAAUUGGGCGCAAAAGAAGUCCAGCCGGACUUCGUACAAGACAGAAAAUGCGGACACUACAUCUUCCCCAGAAGCCACGGCGUUUGAGAACGUCCUCCCACCAACGCAAAUAGAUGCCGACGCAAUUGAGACGUAUGAACGGAUGAGGUCUUCCACAACACAGGCUGAUGAUGAUGGGGCUACCGCAGAGACCAAACCUCUAUGGGUUCAAGGACGCAGCUCGAUAUACGUGGAUGCCUUUAAUUUAGCCCUUGACACUGUGCUGGAAGAGGAAUCGGAAUUGUUUGACGAGAAGGAAAAGGAAGUUUUCAGAAAGUGGAAAGAUCUGACAUAUGAAGCACAGUAUUUCCGUCUCGGAUAUCAUUCCGAUAUUUCAGAGCUGGAAGAGGCCAUUGAGGCUUUGAAAGCCGUCCAGAAAUUGCCGCCAAAAGACAGUCAAGAUACCGAGGAGCUGGUCCCGGGGUUUGAUCUCGAGAGCUUCAACUUGGGGGCAACAUUCACAUUUGCUGACGCCUCGGAAGACUACAUCGACACCGUCGAAGAAGCAGCCUCGCUUUUGCUUUUGGAUGAACUCAAAGCGUUGGCCAAGGAUGCCAAGAUUGCGGGAAAGAACAAGGCAGAGCUCGUGAAAGGACUCUGUCGAAUGAGCCAACAACAAGUUGGGCUCAUGACACUGGGAUUGAGCCGGCAAAACAGUCGCGACUCUGAUGCUUCCGUCUCUGACCCAGAAUUUGCCGGGCCCUCCAAGUCUGGACGCCUCAAAAGACAAAACUCGAAUCGAAACGAGCAUUAUUUGAAUAAGAUGUUGGCCAUUUUAGGGCCGUGUAUUCGCUUGUCACCGCUUACCUACAAGCUUUUUGAACGGGUACACUUGGUGUUUUACCGAUCUACCGAGUGGACGGAGAAAUCAUUGACGACAAUAAUACUGGCCAAGAUUGCGAGACGAAAAUUCCCAGAGUACAUUGUCUGCAGAACCUCCACCAUAUUUGCCUCACGUCUACAUCUGUUGGAAUUUGAAGCAGGUAUUCGCCUUGAGGCAGACGUGGAUAACAUCCUUGAGUCUAGUGGAAUUCCCAGCGAAGAGGACUUGCAACGAAUUAUGAAUAUUUUUGAAAUGGUAUACCCCCGAUGGAAGCAAUACAUCAAUGACGAGGGAGAAAAGGAGAGAAUGGUGUACGAAAUGGGUGAGGGCGCAUACCUCCGGAGGUUUAAUCCUGCUCAUUCGUACACGAGGAUUAUCGUAAAAGCCAUGUGGGUGAUGGGAAGACGAAAAGAAUAUGCUCGUGAGCAUGAACUUCUCGAGGAAUUGCUGGAUCAGAAGUUGUUUCACCUAGCCCGAAGAGGCUCGUGGUAUCAGCGCAAGGCAUUACUGGAGGAACACUACAUGCCCAGUGUGGAUGCUGACGGAGCAGUCGGGGAUCUGGGGCAGCGAAAGAAGCAGUGGAAGAGAAUAGCCGCUACAACAUGUGAAUCGGCGCUGCAAGACCCUGAUUGCCACCUGAUCCAUCAUUACGAUCUCCAAAAACGACUUAUCAAGCUUGAAAAGAAGUUGCGCAUCCCGCGCCGAUUACAGCAUGACUUUGGACACGUGCGGCUAGCAGAACCCCUCGAAGUCAACGUCGAAGGGAUACAGCUGAAAAGGACUCCAAGUGCCAAGCCGGGAACCCAACAAGCCUCAACAAAGACCAUUUGGCUUGACGAGCUAGAUACUGGAGGCGAGUGCAGCGUGGAAGAGAUGUGCUUGAGCCACUUCCGUUCUCAGGGCUGGAAGGGAUAUCACGCGGAGGGAGGGGCUAUCCGGACCAUAUUUGCGUAUCUCUUCUACGACAUUCUAUUUCUCUACAUACCCAAUGUGUUCCAGACAGAAUACCAGACGUGCCCCCUGGACCUGCACACAGAUGCAUUCUUCCCCGCCAGAGCAUCUGAAAUCAACCACCGUCUCGUCGAGAUAGCCAACGGACAGGGCGAACGGCUCCUCCGGCAAGUCUGGGACAGAGAACACGAAAGCAGGACCAGCGUGGUCGGUCUGAACUGGGACUUUGACGUGGACGACAUGGCGGAGCUGGUACGGUGCUUCAAAGGCAGUGCCCUAGCGGCCAUAUGCAAAGUCAUGGCACAGGAAUACAAGCAUCGAGGGGGAGGGGUGCCGGAUCUCAUCCUCUGGCGGGCAACUGACAAGUCAGCGGACGAAGAAGCCCCAAGCACACGGGAAGAACCGAGAGGCGAGGUCAUGUUUGCCGAGGUCAAGAGCGCGAACGACCGGCUGAGCGACACGCAGCGGCUGUGGAUCCACGUCCUUACUGGCGCCGGUGUUACGGUGGCUUUGUGUAAUGCCAUUGCUAAGGAGGUGAGAGAAGUGGAUUAA